AUGUCUCGACCUCAACUUCCCAAAGGAAACACGCCACCCAAAUUCCGAGUCCUCGCACCCGAAGUAGCCCAAUCCCGCUCAAAACCCUCACCCUCACCCUCCGAACCCGCCGCCGCCUCAUCCUCCGCCGCAAAUCCCCAACACCAAUCACACCCACACCCUUCCAACUCCAACUACGCCAACAACCCCAAGAGCAGACCCUCCUUCUUCACCCGCUUCCAACAAACCUACACCUCCCUCCCCCACCAAGUCCGCACAACAGCCCGCGUCCUCCGCUUCCUCGUCCCCGCCAUCCCAAUCGGGAUCUUCUUCUCAGAACAUGUCUUCCAGGUGAUGUGGGUGCGCGGGCCGUCGAUGACGCCGUACCUCAACGAGGACUACGAGAGGAUGCAUACGAAGAGCGAUAUGGUGCUUGUGAAUAUGUGGCCGUGGGGCGGGAGUGGGUGGCCCUGGGAGAGGAAGAGGAGGUUGGAGAGGGGGAUGGUUGUUACGUUUCGGUCACCAGCAAACCCAACCCACACUGCCCUAAAACGCGUCGUCGGCCUCCCUGGCGACCGCAUCACAACCCGUGACCCGUGCAUGAAACCCUCGCAAAUCGUCCCCUUCAACCACGUCUGGUUAGAAGGCGAUGCGGAGGACCCAAGGAAGUCGCUUGAUAGUAAUACGUACGGACCGGUUAGUGUGUCGUUGAUUACAGGACGGGUGAUGGCUGUGCUGUGGCCGAGGUGGAGGUGGUUGAAGUGGGCGGAUUGGGAGAGGGGAGUUGUGGAGGGGGGUGAGGGGGGGAGGUUUGGGGGGGAUUAUCGGAGAGGGGUUAGGGAGAGGGUGUUGAAGGAGGCGGUUAAGAUGGAGAGGCCGAUGUUGGAGUAG